AUGACCGAGGGAGAGGGAGGCGAAGCUGGGCUGCCGGCAGCCACUGGAAGCGGCUGUGAAUGCCGGCAGCUAAUCCGGUGGCUGUACGACGAGGGAGAAAAAGAGGCCGCUAUGCUCCGGGCUUAUUCUUCAGAUAAAAAGCAACAGUCUCUCGCCAUUCUGCAAACCAUAAGUGCGGAGAUUAAGCAGGGCCUGGCAGCUUCCUCGCAGGCUGUCUCAGAUCCCCCUGCACCAGCCCAGGCCGAGACCUCCACUUCCCUUGCCUUGGAGAUUGAGGAGGAGCGGGCUCCUUCUCCUCCUCCAGCUAAAAGAUUGCGCCUCCAACGUAAGAGGAAAAGGGUUACCCCCGCGACCCAGGCAUCUCCCCCACCUCCUCCUGUCAGCCGGCUCUUAUCAGCAGCUUCCCAACCUCCCAAGGAUAAGGCUGCGAUUCCUGACCGGGAAGCCACUCCUGAAGCUGAGGUUCCCGGCCUGUCAUCAGGAAUGCCGACCCCUACUCCUGUUCGGACCUUGGCUCCCGAGCAAACCCCUCUACCCACUGGGGACCAUCCCGGGAGCUCGGCCUCCCCUUCGGCUUCACUCCCAGUCACCGCUUCGGCCUCUGCUUCUCGAUCCAGGGAGAGAAUCCUCCAGAAGUAUGCCUUCACUACUUCCUGGCGCCUGCUUUCCUCUACAGAGCUGGCUGCCAUUGCCGCCGAAGAUGCCCCCCUCCAGCGGGCCUGGUUCAACUGUAUGGCGACCUAG